CAAACUCCCACAAAGAAGAAGCGAAAAACCAGUGAAGAAGAGACACUGGUGUUGGCCACGUUUUUCCACGAUGCCAUUUACAAUGUCCAUUCUUCUACCAAUGAAGAAGACAGUGCCGCCUUAUUUCAAACAUUCCUCAAGGAACUCCAAUCGGGAGGUGUCACGACUAUCACCAAUGGACUGGAAGAUUCCGUGGUAGAAUUGAUUUUGGCCACCAAACAACAUCAAGUAUCCACCGAAAAUUCACCCUUGCUCAGUCUCUUUUUGGACCUUGACAUGGCCGUGCUGGGAAAAGAGCAAAAUGCCUAUUUGUGUUAUGCUGCCUUGAUUCGAAACGAAUAUCAGCAUGUGCCGCAUGCAGUGUACUGCGAAAAACGAGCUGAAGUCCUCGAAACCUUUUUGAAACAACCACAAAUCUUUGGCACACAGGUCAUGCUAGAAGCCUUUGAACAACGAGCACGGGACAAUCUACAAGCUGAAAUUGAGUCUCUGAAACAGGGACAAAUUCCCACGGGAAGAAGCAGCAGCAAUAAUGCUGCUACCAACGAGGAGAGAUGA